AUGUUCACUCGCCGACCGAGUCAGUCCAAGACAGAAAGCUUCUCAAAGAAAGCCGGUCGAUCGAAGGGCUCGUUUCGAGAACACGCUGUUUCGAAGACUCGCCAUGAAAAGUCGAGGAGGCCUGCUGCAGAAGAGAGAGAGAACCCACGCCUUUCAAGCACAAUAACCUCCCCGAUAAUCACGUUGAUCGUGGGUCGAGAGCAACGGAUUUUUGCCGCUCACGAAGAUGUCUUGAGCCUGUCGCCAUUCUUUCAACAAGCCUGCCGAGGCCAGUUCAUGGAGGCUCAAAGCAAACGAAUUACAUUACCCGAUGAAGAACCCGAGAUUUUCUCGUCGGUUCUCGAAUAUCUAUACAAAGGGGAUUAUUAUCCCCGACUUGCGUUCAACAAACGCAAGAAUACCUGGGAGCUCGAGCAAAGCCAGGAGGUUGGAGCCCCAGCGAUGGAAUCAACAGUGUACCACCAUGGAAUAGAAGGUGAGGUUUUAAAGGAUACCGUUAUAUACUGCACGGCGGAGAAGUAUGGACUUGAAGAGUUGAAGAAGGUGGCUCUGCGCAAGCAAGGCCUCCAGUCGGGUAUUCAGUGCAGUACCAUCCUCGCAUCGGCACGUUAUGCCUAUGCCAACACUCCGGAUACGGACUCAAAGCUACGAGCCCAUUAUCUGGCAUUAAUUAUUAGAAGCCGUGGAACGUUCAAGCGAAGCGGAACGAUGCAACUCGAGAUGCAUACGGGAGGUAGCCAGCUGUUCUUCGAUCUCUUCGUUGCUCUUUGCAACCAUGUCGACGACGUGGCUAGCGCUGCGAACUCGCCACGCAGUGUUCGACGCAUGUAG